AUUUACACACACACACACUCUUCGGUAGGUUAGUGUGCGGUCGGGUGUCUGAGCGCGCAAACAGCUGACGCGGAUUUCACCAUAAACGUUGAAACACACGCGUCUGCAAGCUUCAUCUCUUAUACUAUACGUACUUGAAGUCGUUUAAUGUGUUUUGAAAGAAAAAACAAGUGGAAUGUUGCGUUAAAGAGAACAACUCGUAUAUAUUUAGAUGACAGCAGCAAGUGACGCACUGAGCCUGUACAGAGAAGCGCUCUGUUAUUCGCAGCGGCUCUUGUUCAGUUUGGACAUGCACACGCGUGAACGACUUUAAACUUACAGCUGAAUGAAAUAGUUGGAUUUAGAAUUUUAAAUGUAAGUUUUUACAUUGCAAACCCAGCUCCUAAAAUACAGGCCAGGAUCAAGCUAGAGUAUCCUUGCCAACUGAUCUACACGUCAGCAGCCAUGUGUUCAUGCAGCCCUCUGGGCUCUGUAAUCUUCUUUCUUAUCAUUAGCAGUUUCAUACAGAUUUCACACUCCAGUGCUGAAGAGGUCCUACCUCCCACCAUUCAGAAUCUGAUGAAGGGCUACAACAAGUACCUGAGGCCUUUCUUCGGAAGUAGUCCUGUUACUGUUGGCAUGAGUUUGGAUAUUGCCAGCAUAGAUACUAUAUCAGAGAUCAACAUGGACUACACAGCGACUAUCUUCUUGCGACAGCGCUGGACAGAUGAGCGUCUGCGCUUUGAUGGCAAUAAGAGCCUGAGUUUGGAUGGCAGGCUGGUGGAGCUUCUUUGGGUUCCUGACACAUUCAUUGUGGAUUCCAAAAAAUCUUUUCUGCAUGACAUCACUGUGGAGAACAGACUGAUCAGGAUAUUCCCCAAUGGCACUGUGCUUUAUGCCCUGAGAAUCACCACCACAGUGGCCUGCAGUAUGGACCUGACAAAGUAUCCCAUGGACAAACAAACAUGCACACUUCAGCUAGAAAGCUGGGGUUAUAAUGUGAAGGAUGUGGUGUUUUAUUGGACACGUGGGAACCAGUCAGUUAGUGGACUUGAUACUCUCCAGCUGGCUCAGUACACACUAGAGGACUACUAUACCUCAGAGUCUGAAGCUGUGUAUGAGACAGGCAGGUACCCAAAGCUGAUCUUCCACUUCCAGCUGAGGAGAAGCAUCCUUUACUUCAUUCUGGAGACUUAUGUGCCAUCUAGUGCCCUAGUGGUUUUGUCCUGGGUCUCCUUCUGGAUCAGUCAGGCCUCGGUCCCUGCUCGAAUUUGCAUAGGGGUGACCACGGUCCUGACAAUGACCACACUGAUGAUGGGGGCACGCACAUCUCUGCCCAAUGCUAACUGCUUCAUUAAAGCCAUUGAUGUGUACCUGGGCAUCUGCUUCAGCUUCAUCUUUGGUGCCCUCAUAGAGUACGCUGUGGCCCAUUUUUGUACUUUACACCAACCAAAUGCUGCUAAUGCAUAUAGGUAUGGACAGGAGAUGCAGGAACGUGAGGAUGAGAUGAAUGGGAUUGUCACAUCCAUUGGCAGCCAGGCUCUACGGGUACGCAAAAGGGAGGAGAUCCUCUCCCGUGCUGGCAGCACUAGCAGUCCCACUCGCAGUGACACUAAAGAGGAGCGUUCCUCCCAGGCCCAGAGCUGCUGCACCAAGUCCCUCUCCCUGCUGCGCCGCAUUGUGUGCUUUUUAAACUGUUGCCAUGUGGAAAACCCACACUACAUUGACAACUACUCGCGCCUGACCUUCCCACUUUCCUUCAUCUUCAUUAAUCUGCUCUACUGGACCUACUACCUGUACUUUUAGUGUGUGUGUUUUUAGGAGUGUGAGGAAUUCAUAUCUCUGCAAAUUGUCACAGCAUUUAAAAGGAGUUUAAUGCACUUUUCUCCUCGCAUGUUUCUGCAGAUACUACGUGACUCAUGCAUGUAGUACAGUAUGUAACUUUUACUACUCAUUUUGUCCUACAGAAAUAUAUGUCCUUUUUGUUUUCAGUAGAACUUUAUGAGACUACACAAUGCAACUAAAAAAUGAAAGAGUGAAAUAAACAUGACUAAUUAUAUAAAUUUGAAAUAUUUGAAAGCAGUAUUAAUGAUGUAAUAAUUAAUAGCAAGACCAAAGAUUUACUGUAUUUUUAAUAUCCAUGAACUCAAAUAUUUCAGUGCAUGUUAUUAGAUGUUGCACAGGUAGCAUUAUAUGGAUGAUUUCAGUUAUUGUUACUUGAAAAGUCAAUGUUGUUGAGUUUUGUGAUUAUGAAUUGCUGCCUUCAAGAAAAAAAAAUUACCAGGGGAUUUUAUGAUUAAUAGUUUAAGGAGCUGCAUUUUCCCCUCAACUUUACUACUUAAGUAAGCAUGAAAAUGAAUCUAUAACAUUACUACAUUAAUGUCUUUCUAUGUCAGUGACAUGACUAUUUAACAAUGUCUUGUUCACCCAAUUCUACCAACAUAAUAAGGCAAAUUUAAAAAGUGAAAUGAAACUUGAAGCAGUUAUUAUUAAUAUUAUUACAUACAUAUUAGCAGAAAUAGCUGCAUUAUGCUGGGUUUUAUUCUGUGUACCUAAUGAAAAGUAUCCCUCCAACUUGGUUUAUGUUCUAUAGACAGUUUUACAUUGACUUUUGGAUAGAAAACUUUUUUAUGAACAGCACAGAAUAUUCAAUUGUUUUACAGAUAUAUUGUCUUCCUAUUGUACUGAAUUUUGAACCACAAAGGCAUAAUUUAUUAGCAACAGAUUCGUAUUACUACAAAGGUCUUUACAGAUGUUUUGCAAGUUUAAUAUUUCCAGUCAUGCAUGAAUCUUGUGUAGUGGAAAAUAAGCCAUGUGGUUCCAGUAUGUUUUUUUUUUUCUUGCAUGGGAGAUUAUGAUGCAUCAAUUCACACAGCCACUUGUGAGAAAGGGUGCAUGGUGUGGCUGUGGGAAGUUUAAUAAUAAACUAGUUCAUA